AUGGCAGCGGAGCAGGAAGACGGAGUGACAGAGUAUCUUUACAAAGUGCUGGUUGUCGGCGACAUUGGCACCGGUAAGACCUCUAUCAUCAAGCGUUACGUCCACAACAUCUUCUCGAUGCACUACAAGUCCACAAUCGGAGUGGACUUUGCCCUCAAGGUGAUCAACUGGGAUCCCAAGACGAUUGUGCGCCUCCAGCUUUGGGAUAUCGCUGGUCAGGAGCGCUUCGGCAACAUGACCCGAGUGUACUACAAGGAGGCUGUAGGCGCUUUUGUCGUGUUUGACGUCACGAGAGUGAACACCUUCGAGGCGGUGCAAAAGUGGAAGAACGACAUCGACAACAAGGUCACGUUGCCUCCUGACGAUAGGCCAAUUCCCGUCGUCCUUCUUGCCAACAAGUGCGAUUUGGCCAAGGAAGGUUUCGCGCGAAAUGCGGCCCAGAUGGACAAGUACUGCGAGGAGCACGGCUUCGCCGGAUGGGAGGAGACGUCGGCCAAGGAAAACAUCAACAUCGACAAGGCCGUGAAGUUCCUGGUCAGCAAAAUCCUCGAGAACGACAUCAACAGACAGAAUCAGCUUCAGAAGAAGGAUGAGAACAUCGUGAAGGUCGGCGCCGGUGGACCAGAACCCAAGAAGGCCGGAGCUGGCGGCUGCUGCGGCUAA